AUGUACAGGGUGAUGAUGCUGGUGAGCAUCCACGCAGCUGUGCCUGGCUCCCUGAGAGACCUGGCCACAGAUCCAGUGUCCAAGGAAAUUGAGAUCAUCAGUGAAGAACCGGAGAUCCAUGACCCCAACUUUGCGUUCUUCAAGAGCAUUUUCAAGGCUUUCAAGCUGAUGGGCAACAUGAAUAAGGAGAAGGAGCCAGAGCGGACAAAGAGCACUGACCCCCAGAAAAAGGGGCCCGAGGAUGGCACCAGGGGCAGCCAUGGGGACAGUUCCGAGGAUGAGCAGGAGAAGAAGCAGGGUCCCAAGCUGUCCAAGAAGCUGCGGUGCAUGAACAGGCUCACAGUGACAGAGCUGAAGCAGCUGGUGGCCCGCCCUGACAUGGUGGAGAUGAUGCAUGAUGUCACUGCAUAGGACCCCCAGCUGCUGAUGCACCUGAAGGGCACACAGAACUCAGUGCUGGUGCCACGGCACUGGUGUUUCAAGAGGAAAUACCUACAAGGCAAGGGCAUUGAGAAGCUGCCCUUCAAGCUACCCAAGUUCAUCAGGUGCACGGGCAUCCAGGAGAUGUGCGAGGCUCUGCAGGAGAAGGAGGAGCAGAGGAUGAUGGAGUACAAGAUGCAAGAGAGGGUGUGGCCCGAGAUGAGCAAAAUUGACUUUGAUUACCAGAAACUCCACAAUGCCUUCUUCAAGUGGCAGACCAAGCCCCAGCUGACCAUCCACAGGGAUCUCUACUGCAAGGGGAAGGAGUAGACACAGCUCAAGGAGAAGAAGCCGGGCAACCUCUCGGAUGAGCUGUGGAUCAUGCUGGUCAUGCCUGUGGAGCCAAAUGCCCACCAGGUGCCCCCCCCCCACCCCCCCCCGUGGCUGAUUGCCAUGCAGCACUAUGGACCGGCCCCCUUGUACCCCAACCUCAGAAUCCCAGGGCUCAACUUCCCCAUCCCUGAGAGAUGCUCUUUUGGCUACCACACUGGGUCGUGGGAGCCCCCUGUGGAUGAGAUGGGGAAGCCACUCUAUGGAGAUGCGUUCGGCACCAAUGCUGCCGAGUUCCAGAUGAAGGAGGAGGAGGAGAAGAUCGACUGUACACCCUGGGGGGAAUUGGAGCCAUCUGAUGAGCAAUUGGAGGAAGAGGAGGAGGAGGAGAAGGAUGGUGAUGAAGAGAAACCCGGCGAGACCAGGUUUCUUUCAUCCCUGUCCUUCUCCUCCUCUUCCAGGGGCUUCUCCUCAGUGCUAGCCAGGGUGGAGACCCCAGAGCUGGUCAAGCUCCACAAGAAGAAAAUCGAGGAGGCCAUGGAUGGGAGCAAGACCCCUCAGAUGUUCACGGUGGUCCCCAAAAAACGCACAGUGACCUUGGGCACGGCCAUAAUGGGGUCCACUCACAUCUACAGCAUGUCUGCGGUGAUGGGGCGCAAGGAGCCGGUGAGAGAGGCGUGGGGCAUGGAGGUGGCGGUGCCCCUCGAGGAGCUGGAGCUGGACCCGGCCAUGAGACACAAGUACGAGGAGCACGUGUGGGAGCAGCAGGCGCAGGUGGAGAAGAACUUCAGUGACAUGGUGGCCGAGGAGGCCGCCCAGCAGAAGCAGAGGAAGGCGCGGCGCCAGGACGCCCGUGGAGGCGGCAAGAAGUACAGGGAGUUCAAGUUUUAGGUGUCACCGCUGUCCCCUCGGUGUCACCUCCCUGUAGUUCCCUCUGCGCCACCCUCUGUCACCUCAUAGAGGUUUGGUUGGUGCCACCCCUGGAUCGGGGACGCCACCUCUGCUGUCACCCGGGGCCGCGGUCCGGGUGUUGGGGACAGUGUGAUGGCACUUUUCCCCGGCAUUGUCCCCAGCCUGCCCCCGCUGUUUUUAAAAUGAAAGGUGGCGUCCGCACAGCAAAAAACCCACAAAAAACUAACAAACAAAAACCCAUAAAAACAAAAAAAGAAAUAAUAAUAAUAAUAAUAGUAAUAAAAAAAGCAGCGCUGCAGCGGCCAAGGCGGGGCGGAGGGGGGUCCGCCGCUCCGCCCCGUAUCUCCAACAGGUAUCUUAGAAUAACAGAUGUUGAAUCACACCAGCCGGUCCCAAGCGACGGGCAGGCACCACCCCGAAAAGGGGAGGGGGUUUGGGGUGUGAGCCAAGCCGGAGCUUCCAACCCGGGAAGGGAAAACUCCGCAGCACCGUCCUGCGGCCGCGAACCGAGCCCCCCGUACCGCAUCGCAUCCCUGAAUGACUUACAGAGCCCAAACAAUCAAAGGUGCACAUGCACAGAGUUUACAAUAACUCCGGGAAAAGAUGCUCAUUUAUGCUGACUAAGCACCACCUUAUAUGAGUACUACUAGUAUAAU